GCGGGGUGGCAAAGGGAGGCGUGCAGAAAGGAGUAGAGAGGGUGCGGGCUUGGGGAAGGAAGGAGGAGGGCGGAGCUCCGCGGCCCGGGCGGGUGACCAGUGAGGGGCGGAGUUCAGGGUAGGAGAGGAGAGCGGGGCGAGCUGUGGCCGGUCCCUGUCGCGAGCCACUGGGAGCCUCAGUGGAGCCGGUGGAGCUGCUUCUUCCUUGAGGGUCGCCAUCCCCGAGCCAGGAUCUUGUGCUGUGAAGACGUUUCCAAAGAACUGUAUAUCAACCUUCUACUCUGACCCAGGUGGAAAGCUGCCACUGUUAGCUUGUAAGGGGUGGCCUGUCCCAGCUCGGUAUCUCCUUUGACUCUUGGACCUGGGGUAGAUUUGAUGUCCAUGGCUCAUCGGUUGAAGUUACGUCUAUUGACAUGGGAUGUGAAGGACACACUGCUCAAGCUCCGCCGCUCUGUGGGAGAGGAAUAUGCCACUAAAGCACAGAUCCAUGGGCUGGUGGUGGAGGCCACAGCCCUGGAACAAGCCUUCAGGCAGGCAUACAGGGCUCAGAGCCACAGAUUCCCCAACUAUGGCUUGAGCCAUGGCCUCACCUCCCGCCAGUGGUGGAUAGAUUUGGUCCUGCAGACCUUUCACCUGGCAGGGAUCCAGGAUACCCAGGCAGUGACCCCCAUCGCUUACCAGCUAUAUGAUGACCUCAGAAGCCCCUGCUCCUGGCAGGUGUUGGAGGGGGCUGAGACCACCCUGAAGGGGUGCCUUAAGCGGGGUCUCAGGUUGGCAGUGAUCUCUAACUUUGACUCUAGGCUGGAAGAGAUCUUGAUGGGCCUUGGCCUGAGGGAAUAUUUUGAUUUUGUUUUGACUUCUGAAGCUAUGGGCUGUCCUAAACCAGACCCCCGAAUUUUCUGUGAGGCCUUGAGGCUUGCUCGUGUGGAACCUGCAGUGGCAGCUCACAUUGGAGACAGUUACCUCUGUGAUUACCAGGGGGCUCGUGCUGUGGGCAUGCAUAGCUUUCUGGUAGGUGCAGAGCCUCUGGACUCAUCAGUCAGGAAUUCUGUACCUAAAGAACAUAUUCUCCCCUCCUUGUCGCAUCUCCUGCCUGCCCUUGACCUUCUGGAGGUCUCAAGCCCACAGUCAUGAGUCUGCUGAGGAAAGUGGCUAGGACCAGAUAAACACUGGAGGUGGGGUCCCUUCUCUUCCUCUGCAGCCUCCAUAACCUGUUCUGACUAUAAAGCAGUGAGGGCUGGCGGCAGCCUUGCCUCACCACCCAGUUCCAGUCUGAGCUAACCAUUCUCAUUCACAA